AUGCACCCCGAAACCUGGAAGAGGCUUACAGUUCCGGUAUAUUUUGACGUUGCAAAACCGCAACGACUAGUAUUCCGGAGCAGAGAUUUGCCACGAAGGUGGAUAUGGUCCGCCAGCAGAAAUCCUGAGUUCGGGAAGCUGCACACAUCACUCGCAGAUCUGAAGGAAUCACUGGAAAAAGAAGCUGAUCGGCUGAAAAGCAAUCCUGAAGAAGCACUGAUGAAUUACAUGAGACAGAAUUCAGCACUCUUAUCAUCGCAGAUCAACACGCUAAGGGAAUCCAGCGGGCAGUUAUUGAACGAGCCAUCUAAAAGGAAACUGGAUGCAAUUACAACGUAUCUGGAAGACUUGGACAAGAAUUUGGGCGAAGCGCAGGAUGUGCACGAAGUGAAAGAUGAAAUUCUUAAAGAAGCGCGAGAUCGCUUAACCGAUUUGGUGCAGUGGACUACCAGCAGGAUAAGCGAACAACAGAAGCAGGAAGAACGAAAGGAUGAGCAUGAACAGACCGGCGAUAGCAGUUCUAAGGAUAUUUCUGUGGAUGAGGACAAAUUUCACAGCGAUUAA